AUGGCUUCCCAUCAACGCAGCAUUGCCAUUGCCUUUUUGGACACCUUCAAAGAUCUUGAUCUUGAGUCUAAUCUUGCUCUAAGGAGCCCUGAUUGCGCCCAUACUAUCGCUCCUGCAACGUUGAACUUCACUCCGUGCAUGUCGAACGAAAAAUGGGGAACCCACCUCUUGUCUUUGAAGAAGAAGAUUUCAGCACUUCCAGUCACUCCCAAAGAGAUAUUCGAAGGAGAUAACCUUGUCACCGUUUGGGCAACCAGCAAGGCGACGUUUCGCGAUGAAGGAAAAGAUGAGGACUUGACGGUGGACUGGAGCUAUGAGGGAGAAUACAUCUUUGUCUUCACCUUCAAUCAAGCUGGCAACAAAAUCCAGCACAUCCUUGAAUUUAUCGACAGCACAAAGGUUGAGAAGGUGCAAGUAUUACUCCAGCGAGCGGAGCAUAACCUGGCAGCAAAGACGGACUAG